GGACUUUUAAAUAGCGCUGAUGAUAACGGGGUCCGUUACUGGAAGGAGAAGCGCAGGCUCCACUUGCUGAGGCGGAAUGUUCGCGGGUCUGUCCGAGCUGGGGGUCGCCAAUGGGGAGGAACUGAAGGAAACCCUCACUAACUGUACUGAGCCCCUGAAGGCCAUUGAACAGUUUCAGAUUGAGAAUGGGGUGCUGCUCCCCUCCCUCCAGUCUGCCUUGCCCUUCCUGGACCUGCACAGCAUCCCGCGCUAUGAGUUCCACCAGACGGUGUUGGAGGAGCUGAGGGACAAGCUGCUGGAGAGAGUCACCGCCAUCGCCGCCGAGGGAAAGGAUGGGGGCAGGUACGGCAAGCUGGAGGAGCUCCUGGAGAAGUGCUUUGCGCUGGUGAAGAUGCCCUCCAUCCAGCCCGUGGUCAUGUGCGUCAUGAAGCAUCUCCCAAAGGUGCCGGAGAAGAAGCUGAAGCUGGUGAUGGCUGAUAAGGAUCUAUACAAAGCGUGCGCGGUUGAGGUGAAGAGGCAGAUCUGGCAGGACAAUCAGGCUCUGUUUGGAGAUGAGGUGUCCCCCCUGCUCAAGCAGUACAUCCUGGAGAAAGAGAAUGUAUUGCUCAGCAGCGACCUCUCUGUCCUACACAACUUCUUCAGUCAAUCCCCCAAAACCAGAAGGCAGGGUGAGGUGGUGCAGAAACUGACCCAGAUGAUCGGGAAGAAUGUGAAGCUCUAUGACAUGGUUCUGCAGUUUUUGCGGACUCUCUUCCUAAGGACUCGCAAUGUGCAUUACUGUACCCUGAGGGCGGAGCUGCUCAUGUCUCUCCAUGACUUGGAUAUAAGUGAGAUCUGUACUGUGGAUCCUUGUCAUAAGUUCACCUGGUGCCUGGACGCCUGUAUCCGUGAGAAGUUUGUGGACGCCAAGCGAGCACGAGAGUUGCAGGGCUUUUUGGAUGGAGUGAAAAAGGGACAGGAGCAGGUUCUAGGAGACUUGUCGAUGAUCCUGUGCGACCCCUUCGCCAUCAACACCCUGGCCAUGAGCACCAUCCGAAAUCUGCAAGAACUCAUCAGCCAGGAGUCUUUGCCUAGAGACAAUCAGGAACUUCUCCUGCUGCUGAGGAUGCUCUCGCUUGGACAUGGCGCAUGGGAUAUGAUCGACAGCCAAGUUUUUAAAGAGCCCAGACUGGAUACUGAGCUGAUCACGAAAUUCCUGCCCCUGCUCAUUGGAUUAGUGGUGGACGAUUAUACGUUCAACGUGGAAAGCAAGUUGCCAACCGAAGAGAAGGUGCCGGUCACGUACCCCAACACCCUGCCCGAUGUCUUUACAAAGUUUCUGCAGGAGAACCGACUCGCGUGUGAGGUGGGACUGUAUUACACGUUGCACAUCACCAAGCAAAGGAAUAAGAACUUCCUACUCCGCCUACUCCCUGCACUCAAGGAGAUGUCCGGUGACACUGCCUUCACUGACAUCUUCCUGCACUUGUUCACCAGUAACCUGACCCUGCUGGGCGACGAGUUUGGCUCGGAGGACUUCUGCUCUAGUGUAUUUGAUGGCUUCUUCCUUACGUGUUGCUCAAAAAAAGAGAAUGUACACAGGCACGUGCUCCGGUUACUGCUUCACCUUCACCACAAGGUGGCACCUGUCAAACUGGAGGCCCUACAGAAAGCCCUGGAACCACCAAAAACAAGUGGAGAGCCGCUGAAAGAGCUGUACAACACGCUGAGCGAUAAAAUCCAGCAGAGAAAGAGCCCGCCAGCACCAGAACCGGAACCACAAUCCAUGGAUCUACCACUUCAUGCUGUCCCAACAACCCCUGUGAUUUAGUGGCUGGAAAUGCAGAUGGAUGUGUUGUACCAUUAUAGGAGGUACCUUGCCCCCCCCCAAUAUUUCAGAGAUAGUUGGAUAACACAGUAACGUUUCUCAAACACUGACAGAUGCAAAGUCCCAUUUUAUUUGCUAUUUAUAUGUACUAUAGUUCCUAUCUCCCCUUGGUGUCACACUGCAUUUCCCAGCAUCCCCCAUUGGCCUUUAGGGUAGACCCAGGUGGGUUUUGUAUAAAACUGGCAGUUACUCGUUUGCUAUUUUAGCCCUUUUGUUUGAUCCCAGCACUCAGUGUACCUGAGCCGAAUCUACAGGCUUGGUAUUGAACACGCCUUUUGUCUAUUCUUUUGAUAAUUUUGUUUAUUUUUAAAUAAAGUGCUAACGAGUCAA